CCGCCGCCUCUUCCAUCAUCCCCACCUUUGUUUUUUCGUCGAUCGACUCCUGUUCUGUCCAGUCGAAGAGAGGGGUGCGUGGCGCCUUCAACGUUUACUUCGGUUUGGUUAGACGCGCUCGUGCCGCGCAGCAGCGCUUCUGGCUGUACGCCGCAACUGCCCGGCGCUCUUCGACGACGCGACUUGUUCAGGUGCUGUCCUGUGUUGAACUGUUGCUGCCCGUGCGUCUUCUCGUCUGAGUUUGGAAACACAGGUAUGCAUAGCGGCUCCUGCCAAGGCGUUGCGGCCGAAAUCAUGGAAUCGGAUUUCCAAGGGAAUUGAGUGCUAUGCGUGUGCCCCUUUCUCUUUGCCUUUCAUCGCUGGCCUGUGUCGUCGUGAAUUGUUACCUAACGGCGCCUCUUUGCCAACGGAGCUGGUGGGGUUGCAGCGCGAGUAGUGUGUACGGACAGCGUGGAAAGCCCAAGAAGCGGAGUUGAGCUGAGUGGAGCAGAGCGAAGUCCGGUCGAAUUGUUGAAUAUAAUACAUUCAGUCACGACGGACUAUGGUGACUGACGGCAACGGGCCGAAACCCUCGUCUCCGCCUUGCAAACUGAGGGCGCAGCAGCUGCAAUUCGCGAGUUCUUAGCAGGCACGAAGCCGGCGCAUUGUUGGCCGAAAGCAUAUUCCCGUCUUUCGCCGAUGUGGGAGGCGAUCCAUCUAUCUAGCCAGCAUGUGGCUGCACCGUGUUAGCUUCGGCUGAAGCUGAUUGGCCGUUGUCAUUCUUUGGCCGACCCCUUCGUCUUUCUCCGUUGGCUCUCCCGAUCCUCCUUGGUUGGUGGCCUGCCCCGCGCGAUCGUCGGCGCGCGGAGAAGGGUCGGAAGGAGGGCGAUCGUGCUUUGCGUGUCGUCCAGGACGAACAUCUGAACGGCUUCGGCGUUCGCGAGGAUCGGACGGCAACGAAAGCUUGCACAGGCCGGCGGUAAGGGUGAUGUCAGGAAGGAAUUAUUACUUCGGAGGGUAUGGCGGGAUGGGAAGAGGGAGAGCUGUUGCAAGCUGGAGAAUGGGAGCUGGAGGAGGUGGGGUGGGUGCCGCCGGGUAUGGGAACGGGCUGCUUGGAGAUCCGUAUGGAAUAUACAGUCAGAUGGUGCGAACCCCAGUAGGGUUGUACAAUGCCGUUGGUAGAGGGCUUGGUAUUUACAGGGGAGGAGUGCAGGCAAAGGGGGGAUUACUGAGGGGUGGAGGGGGAAUUGUGGGAAACCGACCAGGAGCGGGGUUUGGUGCUGGUGGUCGAGGGAUUGUGGGAAGCCGGCCUGUCGGCGGAGCCGUUGGUCCGCGCGGUUCCGCAGCUGGCGGAGGAGGAAGUCGCGGGGGAGGGAGGAGGGCGCGGGCGAGAGCGCGGCAGCAGGCUGCUGCGGGAGCGGACGAGAGCACUGCGGCCAAUCAACAACCAAAGCAGCAGCAGCAGCAACAGCAGCAAGCAGGGAAAAAGCAACAGCGGCAAUCGCAGGGUAAGAAUGAGGUGACCGGAGUAGGAGGCGGCGGGGGGGGGGGGAGAGGGAGAAGACUGGCUAAUGCCAAAAAGAAGAUAACGAAGGAAGACUUGGAUGCAGACCUCGAUGCAUGGAGAAUGAAAGACAAGAAGCUCGGGGCCGGGUCGUUGGAUGCUGAGCUGGAUGAUUACUUCAAAGAACGCCAGACGAAGAAGAGGAAGACGGAGGAGGUAGAGACUACUGUGGCGGCGGCAAAAAAGGAGGAUAAUCAUGGUGGUGACGCGGCAUCGAAUGGGCAGGAAGAUGGUGACGGUAAGGCGGUGGAAGGGGCAGAGGAGGUACAGGAAGCGUUAGAGGUUGAGGAGGGAGAUCAGGAGGAGGGUGAUGAAGAUGCGGAGGGAGAGGAGGUAGUUUAUCAGGAGGAGGAGGACGACGACGAUCAGGGGGAGGAAGGUGGUGAAGAAGAUGGCGGAGUCGGAGAGGAAAAUGAAGACCACUUGGUGGACGGAGAGGAGGAGGGAGGUGAUGGAGUACAGGUGGAAGAACUGGACGGAGAUGACGAUGAAGCAGACGAAGGAGAUAGUGCCCUUGGGGAGGAGGACUGAACACUGGAGCAGCACUUCCUAGCACUUCCAGCGGCAUCACGGACGCGGCGGACGAAAAAUCUUGGCGAACGUUCCGGCAGUCGAAAGGCAUAUCGGAGGUGGGGAUCUCAUCUACAAUCUUAUCUACCUCUAUCGAAGUGUUCCAUUCAGCGCUCCGAAACAUGACUAUUACUCAUGCUGCUCCUACCAUUGCUGCUGACGCGGCUGAUAUCAUUAUACGUGACGCGUUUGAUUGGUGAGGAUCGAAUUAUGUUCGACGUCGUCGAAGGUGGACUUGUGUAUCUUGUAGGUGGAACGAUUCAGAUCGCCUCCUUUCUUCGGGAGGCCAAGUUUUUUGCUCCGGAGGUCUUGCGUUGGAAAAGCGGGUGCUCUUGAAACCGCACGCAAUGGUCAAUCUCUGUUUCAGGGUAACUGAGUCAAGUCAAGGAGGCGAAGGAAGUUGACACUCGAUCAUCACAGUGUAUCGAUGACUGUGCUGGUCGACGUCGUAAGCUCCGUCGCUAUAUUCGGAAAAGUAAUCCGAGGAUGAUUGAUUGAUCGGACAUAGUGUAAUAUGCUGCU